UACUUCGUGGAACGGGUCGAGUUCCCCAACAUCCUGGCGGUCCAUUUUGUCAUCUACGGGCCGCUGGGGCGUGGUGUCAGUGGGUGUCGACUUCUCGAUGCGCUUGGCAAGGGUUUCGCCGAUUUCAUCAGGGACCGAGUGGUGGAUGUUCCUGAAAGGUUCCUG